AUGUCAUGCGUUCUUCAUAUAUCUGUCUACUGCCUUGUUUGUUUAAGAGUUGCCUGUGACGCAGCCACGUUUAUACAAGGGGACAACGAAAAAGCUUUGUAUCUGCGCCGAACGUUGGUCAGGUACUUGAACCUUUGCCACGUGCUCGUUUUACGCGAUGUGUCGAAACCGGUACGGAUGCAGUUUCCCAGCUUUCAGCAUUUGAUCGACAAGGGUUACAUGACCGAAGAGGAAGUGAGGCUGUACCAUCACAUGGACGGCUCAACAAAGACCAAAAUCCACAACUACUGGAUUCCGUGGCAGUGGGCGUGCUCGUUGGUCGUCGCUUGCCGAAAGGAAGGCUUCAUCUCCAGUGAUGCAGCCAUGUCCAAGAUCUACGGAGACAUUCAAUUGUACAAAAAGAACCUGCAAGGUCUGGUCAACUACGACUGGAUCACCAUUCCUCUUUGCUACACGCAGGUGGUCACAAUAGCCGUCUACACUUACUUCCUCGCGUCUUUGGUUGGAAGACAGUAUCUUGAUCCCGGUAAGCAGUACUCAGGCCACGAAAUGGACUUCUACUUUCCUUUUGUAAACAUCGUUGAGUUCUUCUUCUAUAUGGGCUGGCUGAAAGUCGCCGAAUCUCUCAUCAAUCCACUUGGAGACGAUGACCAAGACUUCGAUACCAUGAAGAUCAUACAUCGGAAUUUUGAGGUACUUAUGUUCUCGGUUAAUAUCUGUACGGAUACUAGCAAAUAUAUUUUUUGA